AUGAGUUGUGAAUUUCCUGGCUCAAAGGAGGAUCAGGGAGACACAGUGGUUCUUGAUGGCCCAGAUAUCGCCACAAUUGUACAUUCCCCUGAUGAGUACCCUACUGGGGCAAAUAUUACCUUGAGCUGUGUUGCUGAUUCUAACCCUGCAGCACAAUUCACUUGGUUACACAAUGGACAACCAGUCAGCAACUCAGCCACAUUUUCUAUUAUUGCAUCCCUGAGUGAUGCUGGCACUUAUACCUGUACUGCAUCUAACUCAUUCACUGGUUUAACGCAUACUGCAACCAAGAAUAUUAUAAUCUAUGCGCCACUGUCCAAACCUACCAUUGUCACCUCCAACAUUACUGCAGUGGAGACCAAGGACUUCUCAUUGACAUGCCAGGCUACAGGCCAAAUUCACGCUUACCAGUGGUUCAUAAACGGAGUUGCCCCAGCUGGUAGCAGGAUACAGCUGUCGCCAGAUAAGAGGACACUCACCCUCAGCAGGCUCACAAGAAGAGAUAACAAAGGGCCAUAUGAGUGUGAAAUCCGGAAUCCAUUUUAUAGCAAUAGGAGUCAUCCAUUCACACUGGAUGUUGCCUAUGGCCCAGAUAUUGCCACAAUUGACCAUAUAAGCGAUCAGUUCGCAACGGGGAUAAAUGUUACCUUGAGCUGUGUUGCUGAUUCUAACCCACCAGCACAAUUCACUUGGUUACAGAAUGGACAAUCUGUCAGCAACUCAGCCUCAUUUUCUAUUAUUACAUCCCUGAAUCAUAUCGGAAACUAUACCUGUAUUGCAACUAACUCAUUUACUGGCUUGACGCGCACUGCAAACAAGACUCUUAUGAUCUAUGCGCCACUGCCCAAACCUACCAUUGUCACCUCCAACAAUACUGCAGUGGAGACCAAGGACUUCUCAUUGACCUGCAAUGCUACGGGUCAAAUUCACACUUACCGGUGGUUCAUAAAUGGACUUGCCCCAGGUGGUAACAGGAUACAGCUGUCCCAGGAUAAGAGGAUACUCACUAUCCGCAGUCUCACAAGAAGGGAAAACAAAGGACCCUAUGUGUGUGAAAUUGAAAACCCAUUGUUUAGCAAUAGGAGUGAUCCAUUCAAACUGAAUGUUACCUAUGGCCCAGAUAACGCCACGAUUGUUCAUACAGUCAAUGAGUACCCUGUUGGGGCAAAUAUUACCUUGACCUGUUAUGCUAAUUCUAACCCAGCAGCACAAUUCACUUGGUUACAGAAUGGACAACCUGUCAGCAACUCAGCUACAUUUUCUUUUAUUGCAACCCUGAAUCAUGCUGGAACCUAUACUUGUAGUGCAUCUAACUCAUUCACUGGAUUGACGCGCACCGCAACCAAGAAUCUUAUAAUCUAUGCUCCUCUGUCCAAACCUACCAUUCUCACCUCCAACAUUACUGCAGUGGAGACCAAGGACUUCUCAUUCACAUGCCAGGGUAUAGGUCAAAUUCAUGCUUACUGGUGGCUCAUAAACGGAGUUGCCCCAGCUGGUGGCAGGAUACAGCUGUCCCCGGAUAAAAGGACACUCACUAUCCGCAGCCUCACAAGAAGGGAAAACAAAGGACCCUAUGUGUGUGGAAUCGAGAACCCAUUGUUUAGCAAUAGGAGUGAUCCAUUCACACUGGAUGUUGCUUAUGGCCCAGAUAUCGCCACAAUUGUUCAUACACCGGAUGUGUACCCUACUGGGGCAAAUAUUACUUUGAGCUGUUCUGCUACAUCAAACCCACCAGUCCAAUUCACUUGGUUACACAAUGGACAACCUGUCAGCAACUCAGCCACAUUUUCUUUUAUUGCAUCACUGAAUCAUGCUGGAACCUAUACCUGUACUGCAUCUAACUCAUUCACUGGAUUGACACGCAAUGCAACCAAGAAUCUUAUAAUCUAUGCGCCACUGUCCAAACCUACCAUUGUCACCUCCAACAUUACUGCAGUGGAGACCAAGGACUUCUCAAUGACAUGCCAGGCUACAGGUCAAAUUCACGCUUACCGGUGGUUCAUAAAUGGAGUUGCCCCAGCUGGUAGCAGGAUACAGCUGUCCCCGGAUAAGAAGAUACUCACUAUCCCCAAUCUCACAAGAAGGGAUAACAAAGGGCCAUAUGUGUGUGAAAUCGAGAACCCAUUGUUUAGCAAUAGGAGUGAUCCAUUCACACUGGAUGUUGCCUAUGGCCCAGAUAUCGCCAUGAUUGUCCGUACACAGGAUGUGUACCCUACUGGGGCAAAUAUUACCUUGAGCUGUUCUGCUAUUUCUAACCCACCAGUACAAUUCACUUGGUUACAGAAUGGACAACCAGUCAGCAACUCAGCCACAUUUUCUUUUAUUGCAUCCCUGAAUCGUGCUGGAACCUAUACCUGUAUUGCAUCUAACUCAUUCACUGGCUUGGCACGCACUGCAAACAAGACUCUUAUAAUCUAUGCGCCACUGUCCAAACCCACCAUUCUCACCUCCAACAGGACUGCAGUGGAGACCAAGGACUUCUCAUUGACAUGCCAGGGUACAGGUCAAAUUCACGCUUACCGGUGGUUCAUAAAUGGACUUGCCCCAUCUGGUAGCAGGAUACAGCUGUCCCCGGAUAAGAAGAUACUCACUAUCGGCAAUCUUACAAGAAGGGAAAACAAAGGACCCUAUGUGUGUGAAAUUGAGAACCCAUUGUUUAGAAAUAGGAGUGAUCCAUUCACACUGAAUGUUACCUAUGGCCCAGAUAUUGCCACGAUUGCCCAUUCAGUAGAUGAGUACCCUAUUGGAGCAAAUAUUACCUUGAGCUGUUCUGCUGUUUCUAAUCCACCAGUCCAAUUCACUUGGUUGCACAAUGGACAACCAGUCAGCAACUCAGCCACAUUUUCAUUUAUUGCAUCCAUGACUCUUUCUGGAACUUAUACCUGUAAUGCAGCCAACUCAUUGACUGGCUUGACACGCUCCGCAACCAAGAAUGUUAUAAUCUAUGCGCCACUGUCCAAACCUACCAUUGUCACCUCCAACAUUACUGCAGUGGAGACCAAGGACUUCUUAUUCACAUGCCAGGCUACAGGUCAAAUUCACACUUACCGGUGGUUCAUAAAUGGACUUGCCCCAUCUGGUAGCAGGAUACAGCUGUCCCCGGAUAAGAGGACACUCACUAUCCGCAAUCUCAUAAGAACGGAAAACAAAGGACCCUAUGAGUGUGAAAUCCAGAACCCAUUUUAUAGCAAUAGGAGUGAUCCAUUCACACUGGACGUUGCCUAUGGACCAGAUACUGCCACGAUUGUCCGUACAGUUGAUGAGUACCCUAUUGGGGCAAAUAUUACCUUGAGCUGUUCUUCUAAAUCAAACCCACCAGUCCAAUUCACUUGGUUACACAAUGGGCAACCUGUCAGCAACUCUGCCACAUUUUCUUUUACUGCAUCCCUGAGUCUUGCUGGAACUUAUACCUGUAGUGCGGCCAACUCAUUCACUGGUUUGACGCGCACCGCAACCAAGAAUGUUAUAAUCUAUGAUUGAAGAAGAACCCAAUGUUUCUCUGAACUUCAAUGCCUAGAAACCAUCUGCAAUGUCUAAGUCCUCAAUGACUGCGGACAUCAUUUACUCUGAAAUCCAAAUGAAAUGACUCAGUCCUUCUCGUUCCCUGCACUGCACAUGUAUGUGCAAGCAGACCUCUGAGAUGUUGCAGGUUUGGUUCCAGAUCACCAAAACAAAGCCAAUAUAGCAAGUUUCUUAGUGCA